AUGACCACUCUGUCCUGGAAGCGUGUUGAUAACCCGUUCGUCUCAUUCUUUAGAUCAUGGGAGAGGGCUCUGAAUUGGAGGAAACGACUUAUCGAAAGAGGGGGCAGGAGUAUCAUCAUUGUUGCGGUUUUGGUUGAAAGACCUGUCUGGAGUCUACGAUGCAUAUGCUGUCGCACAACGUCUCUACACCGUACAAGCUCAAACUCAAGUGACCGUCUGCGACGAAAUCUUGAGUAUUUCCGCGGGGAACUGCUUGUUCAAGGUGGCAUCGACUUGACGGAAUACAGAAUCCUGGCCUGCUUCGACGGCGACAACCUUGAGAUCAAAAGACGAUCCAUAUCGCCACUUAUCGAACCAUCUGAGCGAAGCCUUUUCGCGUCUAUUCCCAAAGGCACUCUGCUGACAUUCAGCAAUGCAAGUCUGAGCAUAACCCAGCGAUUGGAGUACGAUAUGUUGAACCUCACGGGCGUUCGUAACGAUGCCAAGCUCUACGUGUUGGUACUCGCGAUGUGUGUGUGCGAAAUGGAAAUGAAGCAGGAGAACAAGAAGAUGACGAUAGAGGCCACUGAGUACUGCGGAAACUGGCUGUCGAGAUUUGUAGUUGGCGGUUGUAACUACAAUUUCGACGUUUAUUAUUAG